UAGGUGCUUAUUAGUUUAUAUGUACACUAAUAUGAGCUUAAAAACAUGGUGAAAUGAUGGUUUUUGGACAUGUUGAUAGUGCUUGACUAGUGAGAUGAAGUAGCUCAUUAUAUAUGAGACAUAAUAUGGUCUUAUAUGGCUAGGUGAAGAAAAUCAAGAGGCAUGUUUUAGGGGGUGUUUGAAUGCACUGGAACUAAUAGUUAGUUUGCUAAAAAUCGAUAGUGAAAUUAGUUAGCUAACAAAUAGCCAUCUAACUAUUAACUAAUUUACCAAAAAUAGCUAAUAGCUGAACUAUUAGCUAGAAUGUUUGGAUGUCUCAACUAAUUUUAGCCACUAACUAUUAGCUCUAGUGUAUUCAAACACCCCCUUAACCACGAAGGAUUGAGUUGCAAAUGUGAAAAGAAAGUUAGAGGCUUGGUGCAAUAAUGGACCAUCGAGGCAGUGAAAGAUGAGCGAAUGACAUGGUGGCGAUGGACUGUGUGCAACGGUGAAGGGCAAACAAAGUGAUGACAUGGAGUUGGAUCAUAUAAUAUGUAAUGGUUCAUUAGUUUAGAACAAGAGGCAACAACGGCCGUAGAUUAAGGUUGAUCGUACUUCAGUCAUACCCCCAAUUGUUGUACUUGGCCUAGGAAUAUAUAUUCACCUAUGUUCGAUAAACAUCACAUUCGAUUGAGUGAGAGAGCGAUUAUUGCACAGUGGCCUCAUGUGCCCCUACUGCCAUUGUUGUGGAACCACGGCGAUGACAUUACCUUUAGUUAAAAGACGCCAGGGAUUCGAGACCUCCCCGCGUUUCAUGGCAUUUUCCUUCACACGGUGCCAACGCGUGGCAGAACAAAAAUUCGCCACCAUCACGGCUCACGGACGCGAAAGUUUUUCUCAAAUAGGGUUGACUGCUCUCUCCCACGUCGUUGCGUCCGCUCCCUUCCACACCGCCUCCUGCCUACCUCUCACGCUCGCCAUCGCAUUCGCCUCAGCCGACCGUGCCACCACCUCUCGAUGCUGCAUUCGCCUCAUCGGACCCCCACGUGCCACCACCUCUCGCCGUAGCUCGCGUCCAUUACCCGCGACAGGGUCGCCGCUCACUGGAGGAACGGAGCGCCGCGUCACCGACAUCGUCGUGGCCAGGAAGCACUCCUGCUCGGCGCUCGACGUUGCCUUCCAUGCGCUCGAGGCGGAGGCCAGGGACGCCAAGAUGGAGGCGCGUAUCCGCCUCGUGAGAGAACAGAGGGCCGCUCCACCACCGACACUGUCCUCGAGGAGCAGAGGUGUUCUGCGGCCUCCAAACCGCUCGCAAGGAGAGCCGCUCCGUCGGCGCUAGCGUCCUCGAGGAUCAAGUCCACCAGAUCCCGCUUCGCUUCUUGAAGUCCCCAUUCAUUUCUUGGCGUUAUUGCGUUUAGUUUGUUACUUUGUUGUUCCUGGCCUGAAUUCUCUCACCCUACAGCAACAGUUGGAUCAACGAGCUCAAAUGUAAAAGUUCAGGAGCCAUUCGUUGGAUAGACUAUGAGAGAAAUUCAGAGACAAAGUACUUAGGAAUACACGCAACGUGGCGAGAUAGCUUGAUCUCAUACGAGCCAUGUUCUUUUGUGACAAAUUUGACCACUACUUUACCUGACCAGUUGCUGAUUUGGGGACCAAUCAUGUUUGCAAGUAUCGUAUUUGCUUUCCUUUUGCAAGACAGUACAAGCCAUUGUUAGUCAUGUAUUACUUCAGAAUUAUAAGUAUUAAAGGUAUGUGCUUACAAUUUC